UUCCAAAACAGAACCAUUUAGAUUGAGCUUUUUACCGAGGAAAUUUAGAAAAUUAGAAAAAAUCUUUUUGGCACAAAUUUUGGCAUUCUGUCAUUUCUUCCAUUUGAGUAUGAGUUUUAUUUUUUCCGUUUCCAUUUUCGUUUUCUUAUUUAUAUUUUUUAUUCUUUAACCACGUUUUACCAAUCAAAUUAACAAUUUUUAGAAUGUUGGAUGAAUCGAAGGAUUGAAAGGCGAUUAUUAAUAAUUUUGACAUUUGGAUUUUUUUGUUCUUUUAUACUUGUUAUUCACAAUUCUUUACAAGUCCCAAAGACAUCCUUGGAUUCUUCAGAAUUUAAGCAAUUAAAUGAAAAAUUGAAUAAAUUCGAAAAUUCGUUAAUUCAAGAAAGGCAAGAAUUGGAAGAUUUACAGCUUGAAGUGGACAGAAAAUUUGCUAGACAUCCCCAUGCUCAAAUUAAAAAAAUUUUAGAUUUGCCUUUAAAACCGUGGGUAGAACCCAUCCCGAUUGUUGUCUUUGCCUGUAAUAGACCUGUUGCUUUGAGGGAACACUUGAAGAAAUUAAUUAGAAAGGAUAUAAAUCAAUUUCCAAUUAUUGUCAGUCAAGAUUGUGAUAAUACACAAAUUAAAUCGGUAGUGGUGGAAUUUGGGGAGAAUGUGCAGUAUAUUAAGCAUAUAAGCAGCGAAACCGCCAGAAUAAAAGUACCUAAAGAGCAUCGACAAUUUGCCGUGUAUUACAAAAUUUCUAGGCAUUAUAAAUUGGCUUUGGGCCACAUUUUUGAUAAAAUGGGUUACUCUUCUGUUAUAAUUACCGAAGACGAUUUAACUGUCGCCCCAGACUUUUUUGAUUAUUUUUUGGCUACUAGACCUCUUCUAGAGUUGGACAAAACACUUUUUUGUGUGUCCGCUUGGAAUGAUAAUGGAGUGCCCGAAUUUAUUGAUCAAACAGCCAAUGAAUUGUUGUAUAGGUCUGACUUUUUUGCUGGGCUAGGAUGGAUGAUGACCAGAGAUUUUUGGCAAGAAAUUGGCCCCAAAUGGCCCCCUGGUUUUUGGGAUGAUUUUAUAAGAGAGCCUGCACAACGCAAAAAUAGAUCCUGUAUUAGGCCGGAAUUAUCAAGAACUGGAAUGACUGAAUUUGGACAGAAGGGGGCUAGCGGGGGUUUAUUCUUCAAUCGCCAUUUAAAAAGGAUAUUUCUCAAUCAAAAACCAACUAAUUUCAACCAGUUAGACUUGAGUUAUUUAUUAAAACAAAAAUACGAUUCUUCAUUUUUGAAAAAAGUUUAUUCAAUUAAAAAUGCUUCUUUAAAUGAAAUUUUGAUGAAAAAUGUUGAAGAAAAUGGUCAAAAUGAAUUUAGAAUAGAAUACGAGUCUAUGGAUAAUUUUUUAAAUAUUGCUAGAAAAAUUGGAAUAAUGGCUGAUACAAAGGCAGGUGUACCCAGAACAGCUUAUUUAGGCAUUAUUUCCUUUUUUCUCAAAGGCAGUCGAAUAUUUAUUGCUCCCUCAAAUUCAACAAGGUGGAAUGGAUAUGACACUAAAUGGGAAGCCCCACGUAAUGUUUUGGAUGGACUUUAA